UGGGACGUGCUACAAGUCAGACCGACCGCGAAGCCAAACGGAGCCGUGUAUCGAAGUGUAUCUGCGUUUCAUCACGCGUGGCGCUGCUGCUUGAGAGUGUAUCCAACGUGGUGUUGUUGUUGUUUUUGUUAUUGUUGGAGCUGGGUCUGUCAUCGCGCGUGGAAGGGAGUGAAAUUUUUACCCGCGGCAGUCCGCGGUGGAUGCAAUUUCAAAUUGGAUUGGAUUCGUGCGAUUGCGAAAAUCAGAGGUGAAAGUUGCAAAAGACGCUACGGCAGCGGGAGAGCGUGCGCCGAGUGCGAGUAAAAGCCUUUUUUACGCGAGAAAUAACGCGCGGGCCAGCUGAGGGAAGAAAAGUGGUGCAUUUUAAGAAAAUCACCACCACCCAUCGCCGUCGUCGACAGCCGUCAUCGUCGCUGGGUUGCAACGACUUCGGUUCGCGGGUUUACACCGAAGACGCGAGGAUCCGAUAAAUUGCAAAAUCAUCCGUUAAUCACCGCCACCAACCAUCAAGUGGUAUACUGCACGGGGAGACCAAAACGGAUGAAUGGAUGGUUAGUGGGCUUUGAAAUUUGAUCCGAACACGAAGAAGCAAUCUCAUCGGCGAGCUCCAGACACAACAGCGCGCGGUGUUGGAACGGACGUGGCCGAGGCGAAGAGCGAGAAGUGAACAAGACGCAAGCGAAAACGAAAGUGAAAAGCAAAUAACACCGUUUGUUUCGCUCGAUCACCGACCGCUUGCUGCGUCCGCAGUGAAUAAUAGUGCUUGCUUGCUUGCUUGCUGCUGUUGUUGCUGUUGUUGUUGCCUAUUUCGGGGUGAAACGCGUCGCGAGUGAGUAAUCGAAAAAUAAAAGUGAAUCUUAUCGUCGUCGUUGAGUAGGUUGAGGAAUCCGGACGGUCGUUCGCGCUGCCAGUUCAGGUGUGAGUGGCCCAUACAGAGCUUAGCCAGUUUGUAGAGCCGGAAGCGACUCUGUCGUUUGCGAAAAUAUCUGAAGAAAAGGGAAAAAAAAGUAUUCGCCUUAAUUGAAUCCAGUGAAGAAGACCGUGUGAAAAUUUCCGACUUGCACGUGUCAGUGGCAGGGAAAAUUUGGAUUGUCGUGGAUCGUUAACCCUUGCGGUUUUUUGGAGGAAACAAUCACGAAUCAGAUUUAAACCAUUUGACAGGCGAAGGAGGUAAACCAUACGACGACGGGUCGGAUCUCGUCGGUUUUCCGCAUCGUUAUCUUCGGGCGUAUUUACUGAGAAUUUGCAAACGCUGUGCAGCGAACGAGCUCGAUUAGCGCAGUCAAGCCUAGCGUGGACGGUUCUAACGAACGAACCACCCACCCACCACGUGAUCGAAGUGCAUUCUAUGCCGAGUAAUGCGAGAAAUGGAGCGACUACCGGACGGAUGCAGUAGGAAGCUGGGGCAAAAUGGCCUGCUGGUGGACUGUUGGGCGGGUGCGAGACGGGAACGUACGAUGCCACUCGGAAGGGUGGGUGCGUGGCAGCAGAUGAGCCGCUGUUCGGCGGUGCUUCUGGUGGCUGCGAUCCUCUGCGCGCAGAUCUUUGCCAGCAGUAGCACUCCCGUAGAUGAUAACAGUAGCAGUAGUAGUAGUGAAAUCCUAGAAUUAACGGCGUGUCAGCACCUGCGACGUGCGGAAUCACGCCGCGCCAAGUCCUUGGGGGAUAAUCUGCUCCAAUCGGUGCGGAUUCCUCGCUGUACCGCACUCGGUGACUUCGAACCGGUCCAGUGUUCGAACGAGCUCAAUGGAACCGAAUGCUGGUGCGUUGACGAGUACGGCGUGGAACUGAUCGGUAGCCGGCGAAUCAACGGCAACGACGUCAACUGUACGGCGAUCGAAACCAGCUGCCAGGCGUCCAGCUGUCGGAUGUUCUGUCCGGCGGGCUUUGCCCGGGACUUUACCAGCGGUUGCCCGAUCUGCAAGUGUCGCGAUCCGUGCGACGGGGUUCAGUGUCCCCGCGGGCAGCAGUGCGAGCCGCAGGAAGUGAACUGCAAGAACGAACCCUGCCCACCGGUGCCGACUUGUCGCAAAGCACGCUCCCUAUCGGAUCUCUGUCCGGCAGGUCAACCUCUGGCCAUCAGUGGCACAGCCAGACCGUUCCUCUGUGGUAAUGACCCUGGCAAGCCUUCCUGUCCCCCACUGUACCGCUGUCUAGUUCAAUCGGGCAACGACUACGGAGUUUGCUGUCCAGCAUCGCUUCAGUUCGAGAAACCGGGAACCUGCCCCAAACCCGAGGAAAUAAAGUCUACAGACAAAACUGGUUUCCUCUGUGGAACACCUUGCGGACACGAUCUCGAGUGUGCUCAGAUGCAGAAAUGUUGCACUUCCAAUGGGUGCGGACGCAACUGUCAGCAACCGCACAACGUCACAACAUGCCACCAGGCACGGAUGCUUUCGGAGCUUCUCUCCGUAAACGAACGAGAAGGCCGCGGUUAUGUACCACAAUGUGACGGUCCCGGUGGAAGCUUUUCCCUGCGACAAUGUUCCCGUAAUGGGCUGGUUUGUUGGUGCGUCGAUCCUAAAAGCGGUAACAAGAUCAAGGGAACGAUGGGCGCUGCCGGAAUGGUCAACUGUGACGGUGUCGAGAACAUGAUUGGCCGUAGCGGUGGACGAAGCGUUGAUGGCACAUCGCAGCACCUUUGCGAUCACAAUAUCUGCGCUGCGGUUUGUGAGUACGGCUUCAAGAACGAUCAUAACGGGUGCCCAACCUGCGAGUGCUCCGAACCAUGCGAGGGUUUCCUCUGCCCAUCGGGCUCACACUGCGAUGUUGCCAAGGACCCGAAAUGUGCUUCCUACUCGGGGCUGUGCUCUUCGGAACCCGUCUGCAAACCGGACUUGGUCUACUCCAAUCCGUGUGAAAUGGGAACACCCUUGGCCGACAAUACAACUGGGGAACUUCUAUACUGUCAUCUAAAUCGUCCCAAAAGCCGCGAAUACCAGAGUCGUACCUUCUUCGAUGACGCAGAAGAGGAGGACUUGCUCGGUCGCAAGCGCUCCUUAUCGAACACCAUCAAUUGCCCAGAGACGCACGAAUGUAUGAAGCUGCACGGCGAGUCUGGAAGUGUGUGCUGCCCAGUGGAGAACGAAACCGUUCCGACACCCGAAGGACGUCAACAGUCUAUGUGUGAAUAUCUGCGCGACUUUUCGGAUCGCAUGGAGGGAACGGUUGAAGGUAUGGAGCUGGCCCUGCCGCCGCCGACCUGCUCCAUGGACGGGGGCUACAACGCCAUGCAGUGCACCAGGAAGAAGAUUCACGUUAACCGAGCGGAGCAACGACGCUACCUGGAGCAGAACAAUAUUCGUCAGAUGAGGAAGCUAUUGGAGGACGCCAAGCGAGUCAGGAGGGAUGCAGCCUCGCCGCAGAAUCUAAAGUUGGUAAAGGUGGACGAAAUGUACGACGGUGCGCGAUUACAGGCGUCCGUUGAACCUGUGCCGGAGGCAGUCAUGUCCUAUCUGCGACAACGAGCGCUGGUUUCUGAGGAAGACUUGGGAGUGCAGGGUCGUUCGGCAAAAAUUAUCGAUUUCAAUCGGUUGGAUUCGAAAAAUUCGAAUGCAAAUGCCGAUAAACCCGACGUGAAGCCAUCGAGUUUGCUCAGAAAACCGUCUCCGAUGGAAGAUGAUUUAGUGGAAGUAGACGUCGAAGAGUGUUGGUGCGUGGACCACUUCGGUACAGAAAUUCCUAAAACGCGUGCAAUGAACGCUACGAGGAAAUCGUGUGAAGACCUGCGAGAAUCGCUUGGCUGCUUGGACUUAACCUGUCGAAUGGGUUGCGACUAUGGCUUUAUUCUGGACACUGAUACGCAGUGUCCAUCCUGUGAGUGCCGUGAUCCGUGUGACAGCGUCGGGUGUCCGGAAGGACAGGAAUGUAGAUCCGUCGAAGUUUCCUGCGAAGGCGAAUACUGUCCACCGGUACCUGCUUGCUUCCCGAAGAAACCUGGCCAAUGUCCAUUCCUAGUGCCUCCCGGUAGCGAGAAUUCCGAAUCCGAUUCCUGCGAAUACGAAUGCCGUACAGAUGCUCAUUGCGAUGGGUCCAAGCGUUGCUGUUCGAACGGUUGCGGAACUCAGUGUGUCGAACCUCAACUUAAAACCGCCUGCCAGCAUCUGCAAACCAUCCAACUGCAUCAAGCAAGCGAGCUAGGAGUUCCACCCAAGCAGAAGUACAUCGCCCAGUGCGAUAUCGAUGGAAGCUACCGCACGGUUCAAUGCGGACCUGGAAACGUCUGCUGGUGCGUAGACGAAUACGGCAACGAAAAAAGCGGCACACGAGUAACGAAUGCCGAACCCAACUGCGACAUAUAUCCGAAAAGCGAAUGCCCAAUGCGUAAGUGCGUUACCUGCGAGUACGGCUACAAAAUCGACGAGAACGGCUGUAAGACCUGCGAGUGCCGCAAUCCCUGCGAUGAAAUCUCCUGCCCCAGAGGUGAAGAGUGCCAGCUGAUCCAAGUGGAAUGUAUCUCGGUACCGUGUCCCAAGAUGCCCAUAUGUGUUCCGAUCCGUGAUUCCGUCUGUCCGGAAGGACUACCGCUGAAAUCCGGAGGGCGUGAGAUCAGUUGCGGGCCGCAAGCCGACGCCGAUACGUGCCCAUCCACGCACGUCUGCCAGCUCAAUAUGAUCAGCAACCGGGGCUCCUGUUGUGCCAAAACAAGAGAUGUUUGCUUUGAAUCGAUCGAAUCGAGCUGCCUUGCGUCGGAAAUUCAUCUCUCGGACAGCAACGACCUGGACAGUGUAACCAAGUGGCGUUUCAGUCCACGGUUGAACAAAUGCGUUCCGGUCAACCUGCCCAAGUCGAGCAACUGUCAAUCGAAGAACCUGUUCCACAGCGAACAGGCUUGCAACGGCGUGUGUCCAGUACUGUCGCAGUGCGAACGCCUUCGGCUGAAAAAUGCCAUGGCUGCGAAACGUGCCGGACAGCCGAGCACGUGGUUCCAGCCGCGCUGCGAUCCGGAAACCGGUUUCUGGAGCCCCGUCCAGUGCCUCGGAUCGUCGGGUCCCAACAACGGUACCACUACACAGGAAACUCCCAGCCUUGGAGUUUGCUGGUGUGCGGAUAAGAAGGGAGCCCCGGUGAAGGGCUCGUUGACGAAGGGCUCGGAACCCAAAUGCAGCAGCCGGCAGGCAAGAAAACGAGUAUCCAGCAGUGGCGAAGAGUCCAGCGAUCCAGUUAUGGAAGAACUGAUCCGACAGAUCACCUUCUUGGUGGACGAAAACAACUACAUCGAUGAAGACCUGGAACCGACGGUACCGUCCGCAAGUGCAUCCAACACCUUGGCUAAUUUCGCACCGGAACCCCGCUACAUUGGUUCCAUUUCGGCGGUGACGGAGCGGAUAAUCGAAAUGGCCCGUACCGACGAUGGCAGCAACUUCAUCGAAGAUCCGGUGAAGAAACUGACCGCAUCCACUACGCGCUGCCAGGCCCUCAAGCAGGCAGCUUCCUUCCCGGUAGCGUGUGACGAGAAUGGAGUAUUCGAGCCGACCCAGUGCAACGGAGAUACCUGUUGGUGCGUAGAUGCGGCCGGCAACCAACUACCUCUGUCCAGCACCUUCAAACGAGGCCUUCGUAGUUGCCUGUUCACUCCCAUUGAUGCCGUGGAAGUGGAACUUCACCUCAAUAACCCUCACCAGCGAAUUCUACUAAAUCUGUACGAAGUGCUCCGGAAUGACCUGCAUUCCCUGAUCGGUAGCAUCUUCGAUAACUAUCGAGUGCACGAAAAUAGCGAUGGCAGCGUAAUGCUGCGCUUCGACCUCAUCGAAGACAACAAGGUGGACGAUGCUUUCGCCAUCGAAGAAAUGGUGCGAGAUCACGCCUUCAUCUUGUACCAUGGUGCGCUCAUAGCAGACGUCACCCUGUCCCGGUUCGCGCACAAAAUCUCCGCCAACCUUCCGGUACCUCAACAAUCAUCCGGAAUCCCGGAGAACACGUUCCAAACGAUCGUCUUCGUGCUGGCAACGGCGUCUGCCUUCCUCGUGAGCAUCCUGGUCGUGUUCGUGAUGCUCAAACGGGGCAAAAAUAAAAUGAAGCACUACAGCAACGGCAACCGGAUGAUGAGCAUCGGUGCCGACAAGUACCUGGACUACAGUUCGCCAAUUUUUGUGCUCAGCGCCAACGAUACCAAAUCCCUUCCCGAGCACUACCGCCGACCAGCGACAACGCAGAUUAAACCACCGCCGGUCAACGAUCCCAACUCCGAAGAGCACUAAUUCGCGCUACCGUUCCAAGUAGAGCGAAUCCAGUUUCGUUAACCAAACACGUGGGCCAAACUCUUUCCUCUAUGUUAACCGUUUUGUGUAAAUAUGAAAGCCGUACUUUUAACUAAAACCCUAUUUCAGAUGGAAAUAAAAUUGUAACUCACCUAUUCCACUAAAGCAAAGCAAGGAUGUUUUUCCUCUUUCUAUCGUUGUUAACUAUUUAAGCGCUUAUUCACGACCUUAACCUCCACACAUUCAUAGCCUAUAUCGCUGUAGAUUUUUGAAUCGCAUACAUUUUAUCCAUUGUUAGAUUUUUGGGGUUUUCGAUCUAUUCUUUUGUCAAACUAUAGAAAAGCUAAAUAGUCAUUAUUUGGGUGUAGGGUCUUCCUAAAACCUAUCCUCACUCCGUUUCACUAUCGCAACUAUCAAAUCUCAAUGUUCUGUUAUCAUAUCAUAAGUUGUUUGUAUUUUCGACCGCAGACCACUUCUAUAUUGAACUUUCCAGAGCCAUUUGUUCGUCGGGAAAGUCAAAUUGUAAAUAGCCGUUGUGGAGCGCUGAAUUGUAGUCCUAUAUCGGAAAGUUUGUUUGAAUGCAGAUUGAUUGGAAUAGAUAAACGCGACGAUACCGACAAAACGAGCGAUACGUUUCGGCUUGAGGUAAGAGUUUUGACCGUUUGUCAGACAGUCCUUCUGUAAUGGAUAGGCUCGAUGCUUUUAUUUAUUUAUUUUGUCGCUUUGUUAAAAAUGAAGAUGGUGUAUGCGAUGUGAAUUUGUUAAAUAAUAGCGUGUAGAUUCCCGGAGCAAUUUGCGCAAGGAACUGCACGUGUGAGAAGGAACGAUUACCUAAUAGACAGAUAUUGGAAAACGAUAAAUGACCAUGUAAAUAAAAAUUAUGAAAAAUGUGAAAUUCCGAUAAAUCACUGUGAGAACAAAUUUAUGCUCCAUUUCAAUAAAAUUGAAGGAAGUGCUAGUUAAUAA